UAUGGAAUUGAGGGGAGGGGGCGAGUGGGUAGCAGCAAGCAUCGAAGGCAGAUCAAUAGUACCAGCGCAUCAGAAGGCAGAUAAUAUAUUGUGAUGUGCUACGUAUUUCUACUAGUAGAUAAAUAGAAGAAAAAAAAUAAAAUAAAACAACAAUCAUGCCCAAGAUGGCAGAUCAGAGGACACACUUAAUGCUGGAAAACUACAUUGGAGGCAAAUUUUUGCCUUGCACAAAAUAUAUAGAUGCAUACGACCCAUCAGUUGGUGAGGUGUACUGCAAAGUCCCUGACAGUGACAAAGAGGAGGUUGACACAGCAGUGGAGGCAGCCAAGGAGGCUUUUCCUGCAUGGUCCUCCAAGAGUCCCCAGGAGAGGUCUCAGGUGCUGAAUAAACUUGCUGAUCUCAUCGACGCCCACCUGGAAGAGUUUGCACAAGCAGAGUCUAAAGACCAAGGGAAAACACUUACUUUUGCCCGAACAGUAGAUAUUCCCCGAUCUGCUUAUAACUUCAGAUUCUUUGCAACCUCUAUCCUCCACCAUACAAACGAAUGCACUCAGAUGGACCACAUGGGCUGUAUGCACUAUACAGUGCGCACUCCAGUGGGAGUAGCUGGUCUCAUCAGCCCCUGGAAUUUGCCCUUGUAUUUGCUGACAUGGAAGAUCGCCCCAGCUAUCGCAAUGGGUAACACUGUGGUGGCCAAGCCUAGCGAGAUGACCUCAGUCACUGCCUGGAUGAUGUGCAAGCUUUUAGAUGAAGCAGGGGUCCCACCAGGGGUGGUGAACAUCGUGUUUGGGACGGGCCCCAAGGCCGGAGAGGCCCUCGUUUCUCACCCCGACGUUCCCUUGAUCUCCUUCACCGGGAGCACAGCCACUGCACAGCGCAUCACCCAGCAGAGCUCCCCCUACUGCAAGAGGCUUUCUCUGGAGCUUGGGGGCAAGAACCCGGCUAUUAUCUUCGAUGACGCCAACCUGGAUGAGUGCAUCCCCACUACUGUCAGGUCCAGCUUCUCUAACCAGGGGGAGAUCUGUCUAUGCACCAGCAGGAUCUUUGUACAGAAGAGUAUCUUCAAUGAGUUCUUGCAGAGGUUUGUAGAAGCUGCCCAGAAGUGGAAAACUGGAGUUCCCUCGGAUACCACAGCCAACAUGGGAGCACUUAUUAGCAAGGAGCACCUAGAAAAGGUAAAGGGUUAUGUGACGAUAGCUCAGACAGAGGGAGGCAAAGUGCUGUGUGGUGAAGGAGUGAAUUCCCUGGACCUCCCAGCCAAGAACCAAACCGGCUACUUCAUGCUGCCCACGGUGAUCACGGGGGUGGCUGAUGAGUCGCGCUGCAUGCAGGAAGAGAUCUUUGGCCCUGUGACUUGUGUGGUCCCAUUCGAGAACGAGGAGGAGGUCAUCCAGAGGGCCAAUAACGUCAAGUAUGGUCUGGCAGCCACAGUGUGGUCGAGAGACGUCGGCCGAGUCCACCGCAUGGCCAAAAAACUGCAGGCUGGGAUGGUGUGUACCAACUGCUGGCUAGUCCGAGACCUCAAUCUGCCGUUCGGUGGCAUGAAGUUUUCUGGGGUGGGCCGGGAAGGAGGCAAGGAUUCCUAUGAGUUCUUUACUGAGGUCAAGACCAUCACAAUUAAACACUGAUAUUCAUAAUGAAGAAAACAUGAAUCCCCUGUAAUUAUGUUGAUUUAGCUGGGUAGAGACCACAAUGACUAUGCAGUUUUUAAAGGCAUGGUCAAGUGAUGCUGGUUUUCUCCACUAGAAGAACAUUGUAUACUUGCCCAUUAUUCCUACACCCUAACUGGAAAGUUACUUUUGUUUACUUAUUCUCUUGGCGGAGUGUACCAAGCAGGCGUAAGUGUCACGACGGCAUAAGUGAUGGCCGCAAUUUAUUUUGCAGAGUGCACCAAGCACACGUAAGACUUAUUCAGGUCUUAACUGUACGCCUGCUAGGGAGUAGGUGUAAGGCUGGCAUAGACAGGCGAAUAACACAGAGGAUAGCGGCAGACAGUUAAAUUUAAAAGUAAAUCAGCUUUGAAUAUUGUAAAAUAACAUUUAGUUUAGCAAAAGCCAAAGAUGGGUGGAAUAGUACAUUGGUUUGCUGAUUUAGAGCAGGGAUUUUCAGCCUGGGGUACGCGUACCCCUGGGGGUACUUCUAAGGUUGAUAGGGGGUACGCAGGACGACUCAGAAAUGCACAAAUAAAAGUAAAAGAAAAUAAUGAUCUUUAAUUUUUUAAACAGUAUUAUAUGUCCUCUAAUCCACGAUGUUUACUUAUUUAAUCUUUGUUUAGCAGCUCAAAGUUAACCGCUAAUGAAAAACAAACCAAAACACACAAUAUCAAGUCCACAUUUUCCACAAUGCAUGUGCGAUUUCGAUUGCGUGGAUUUCCACUCUGAUAUAUAGGUGAAGCGAUUGUGCCUGGAGAGUGCUCUGUAUUGCUCGUGAUCGUUGCGGUUUUCAACUUGUCGUAUCAGUGAAGCAGUGUUUCUGCAUUGUUUACAAGUAUAAAUGCUCAGGUAAACUUAAGUAGUCAUCACAAUAAUGAUACUUUAACGUUUUUUGUUUAUUACCGCGGUUGCAUGUUAUUAACAGCAAUAUCGGCUGGUUGAAUAUGUGUUUUGGUGUUUUUUACAUUUCUUACUUGCAAUAAAAAAACAAAGGAAAACAAAAAGUCAGAAUGUGCAAAGCGAUAAAGUUAUACAGAGUCCCUUUGGAUCAUUUUAGUUAGUAAUUAUAGUUUUAUCUUGAGGUUAAUGUUUUGGAUAUUGUAAACAUUUUAAACGGCACACAAUUAUGCUUUGGUGGGAAGUAUAUAGAAACGUGACAAACAUUCACAGUGCAGACUAUUUUGUAUUAUUUGUAUUGACUUUUCCUAGAUUUUCCCAAGAUUUCUAAAUACUACCUUUUAAUUCUUUGCAUCCAAAGACAUAUAAUGUAAGUUUUAAGAAUGAAGCCUGCUGUUUGGUUUUCUGUCUCAGCAAUGUGUCAGCCCCAGACUGUUGUGUCAAAUUAUACAUUAAAUAAACAGGAGAAAAAAAGAAAUGUGUUAACCUGAGUGUAAAUUAUACUUUAACUGAAACCUCCCGACAGAAAGGGUACCGUUUAAAAAAAAAAAAAAAAAAAAAAGGUUUAAAACCCCUGAUUUACAGACUGGGACAGACUUAAUCCAUUGGAUAUGUUUGAUCUUGAGUUCUGUCAGCGCUAUAGAUUACUAAGACAAACCCUCCUUCAUCUUAUAGAUUAAAUAUAGGAUGACCUUCAAUAUAUGAACCAAGGGAAUGCGGUGGUCUUCUGACUCAAUAUUACCGUCGUGUUCAUCUUAGAAUUAAGAAUUUACUUGUUCUCUUUAUAUAGUGACAGCAGUGUGCGUAUUUUGUGAUCUAUAAUUUUUUUUUCUUGACAUUUUUUGCUUAUAGAAUGCGUAGGCCAACACGUGAAACUAUGGCUGUUUCCCUUCUCAGCUGUGCCUGGGGUGAUUUUGCUUUCGUGCACUUGGCGUGGAAUUUACUUUAAGUCGGGCUUAAGUUGGAAGUAGUAACGAUGGCAUCAUUUACACCUGCGUGGUGCACUCUGCCUCUGAGCUUUCCACUAGUUAUAGUACAGUUUCACUGUACUGAUGAGCCCCAAACACACGCAUGAAAAAAACUAAAGGCUGAUCCUUUACACACACACCACAGUAUGGAAAACGAAUGAAGAAAAGCAUAGUGGUCAAACAUUAAGUGUUUCUGUUUUUCAUCACAAAAAGAUUCAAGUGAUUUUUGCAUCAUCAAUGUGAGGAUAAAAGUUAGAAAGUUAGACUAAUAAUCAAAUUAGUCUCCCUCUCUCACGCUUAGUCUCACAUUGAUGACACAAAAAGGUCUUGUGACAGUAAACUGAGGCUUCCUGAAUGAUCUGUGGCAAUGAAGCUUGCUAAGGUUUAACUUUUGAUCCGAAUCAGAAAACAAUAACAUGAAUGAUAUGCAAGGAUAUAUAGACUAAAUCUCAAAUCGGGUUAAUAUUACACUUUUCCCAAAUUAAAGUCACAGCAUGUCUGUAUGGUUCAAAUCUGUAUGAAAUACUCUUAAAACACAAAUAAAGCAUAUUCAAAAGCCAUAACAUUUCUCAUUCUAUAAAAUGUGUAUUUUGGGUUUAUUAAGUAAAACUAAGGGACCACUAAAAAAAUAAAUGCAAAUUUAGGUUUGCUUUUACAAUAGUAUAGUGAAGUAAACUUUUAACAGCAGGGAGAUACAGUGCAGGAAAUGAAAUCAGAAUUAUAAUUACCAUUCACUACAGAUCCCAUGAUUCUCAUUGGAAAUACACUAUGUUAACAGUAUCAAAAAGAUAUAUCUAUGAUUCACCCUUGAAACAGAAUAUUUAUUACUUACCCAAAGUGAACUGAAAACUGGACACAAAGAAACAACAGUCCACAAAUUCAUAGUAUACCAUUUCCUAGUUUUUAACAAGGUGUGAAUGUGAUGAAACAGGUGAAGUGUUUAUAACAGUCAAGAAAGACCAAUUCAAACCAAGUCUUUACUUAUAACAAAUCACUGGCUUAGCACAAAAGAAUUGAGUCAGUCAUAAGUUUAAGGAUCCAUUAAUAAGAACAUUUAAAAAAAAAAUGCAAAAAUGAGAGAAAGCCAGUCAGCCCAUCAGUGCUGCUCUGGUUCAAAACUUUGUCAAGUCAGUUCCCAGUGAUUCAACAUUAACUAGUAACCCAUUCCAUACCCUCAGCACUGUAAAUGAGUGUCUCCUGUCCUCUGUCCUAAUUCUACUACAUCUCCAGCUGUCCUCUUACCUGUCCCUAAAAUCUCUCCUGUGUGUUAAGCUUUGAUUGGGUUUAACUUUGGUCAACUCCUUUUAAGAUUACAAAAUAAAUAAAACACCUAUAAGUGUGUCUCAUUUGCACAUGUAAUUUUGCAGUUUUCCCCAUUCUGUUCCAAUUGUUGUACUGUGUAUUUAACAUAGUUUACC